AUGGGCAAGUGGAGCAUUGGGCGAAAGCCGGGCCGCGCACUCGGACUCCUGCUGCUGGUGAUCGUGGGUUUCCUGGUGCUCCGCAGGUCGGAUUGGUAUAAUCUGAUCCCUGCAUGGCUAAGACACCGGCAGUCAGGGCUGCAGGCCAACGGCCAAUACUUCAUGCUGGAGGACUCCACUUUCUGGAUCUUUGGGGGCUCCAUGCACUAUUUCCGGGUGCCCAAGGAAUACUGGAGGGACCGCUUGCUGAAGAUGAAAGCCUGUGGCUUGAAUACCCUUACCACCUAUGUUCCAUGGAACCUCCAUGAACCAGAAAGAGGCAAAUUUGACUUCUCUGGCAACCUGGACCUGGAGGCCUUUGUGCUGAUGGCUGCAGAGAUCGGGUUGUGGGUGAUUCUGCGUCCAGGCCCUUAUAUCUGCAGUGAGAUUGACCUCGGGGGCUUGCCCAGCUGGUUACUCCAAGACUCUGGCAUGAGGCUGAGAACAACUUACAAGGGCUUCACGGAAGCAGUGGACCUUUAUUUUGAUCACCUGAUGUCCAGGGUGGUGCCACUCCAGUAUAAGCAUGGAGGCCCCAUCAUUGCUGUGCAGGUGGAGAAUGAAUAUGGUUCCUAUAACAAAGACCCCGCCUAUAUGCCUUACAUCAAGAAAGCCUUGGAGGACCGAGGUAUUGUGGAAUUGCUCUUGACUUCCGACAACAAGGAUGGCCUGCAAAAGGGAGUCAUGGAUGGAGUGCUGGCCACCAUCAACUUGCAGUCACACCAUGAGCUGCAGUUAUUAACCAACUUUCUCUUAAGUGUGCAGAGGGUUCAGCCCAAGAUGGUGAUGGAGUACUGGACAGGGUGGUUUGACUCGUGGGGAGGCCCACACAACAUCCUGGAUUCUUCUGAGGUUCUAAAAACAGUGUCUGCCAUCCUCCAUGCUGGCUCCUCCAUCAACCUCUACAUGUUCCAUGGAGGUACCAACUUUGGCUUCAUAAAUGGAGCCAUGCACUUUCAUGAAUAUAAAUCUGAUGUCACCAGCUAUGACUAUGAUGCAGUGCUGACAGAGGCUGGGGAUUACACAGCCAAGUACUUCAAGCUCCGAGGUUUUUUUGGCUCUAUCUCAGGUGUCCCUCUUCCUCCCCAACCUGACCUUCUUCCCAAGACUGCGUAUGAGCCUUUGAGACCAUAUUUAUACCUGUCACUGUGGGACGCCCUGAAGUACAUGGAGGAGCCAGUCAAUUCUGAAAAACCAGUCAAUAUGGAAAACCUGCCAGUAAAUAAUGGAAAUGGACAGUCCUUUGGGUACACUCUGUAUGAGACCACCAUUGCUUCAUCGGGCAUCCUUAGUGGUCUUGUGCGUGACCGGGGACAGGUAUUUGUGAACACAGUGUCUGUAGGAUUCUUGGACUAUGAAAGGAAGAAGAUUGUUAUUCCCUUGAUCCAGGGUUACACCAGGCUGCGGAUCUUGGUGGAGAAUCGCGGGCGAGUCAACUACGGGAAUAACAUUGAUGACCAGCGCAAAGGUUUAAUUGGAAAUAUCUAUCUGAAUGAUUCUCCCCUGAAAAAAUUCAGAAUCUACAGCCUGGAUAUGAAAAAGAGCUUCUUUCAGAGGUUCAGCGUUGACAAGUGGAGCCCUAUCCCUGAAGUACCUACGUUCCCUGCUUUCUUUUUGGGUGCCUUGUCAAUUUCCCUUUCCCCUUUUGACACCUUCAUGAAGCUGGAGGGCUGGGAGAAGGGGGUUGUAUUCAUCAAUGGCCAAAACCUUGGACGCUACUGGAACAUUGGACCCCAGGAGACCCUCUACCUCCCAGGUGCUUGGUUGGACCAAGGCAGCAACCAGGUUAUUGUUUUCGAGGAGAAGAUGGCAGGCCCUGUGAUACAGUUCACUGACACACCCCACCUAGGCAGGAGCCAGUACCUUGAAUGAGCAGCACUG